AUGGCAAUUCCAGCACGUAACCCCAAAGACUCUAUGAAGUCGACAUGGCGGUCCUGGGAUCGAAAGUCGUGGAAUCGAGGCCAUUGGAUGCUGGAGAUCCUGAAUGUUCACCAUGUCGAAGAGGAUAAAGCUGUUCCCGUUCAUGAAAAGACAGACAAAGUCCCCUAUGCCAAAGAAUGGCACUUCCAUCGAUACGUCAUCGUCCAUGCUUUCCUACCACUUAUACUACACCAACUCUACGUCAACUACACUGCCUCGAACCUCUCGCCAUGGAUGGUCUUUCUGUUCUACCAUGUGGCGUUGACAUUCAACUCCGUCCAUGAAGUGCAUAUCCUUCGUCGCCUGGGUCACCUGCACGGCUUUUUGGACGGUGAUAAGCAUCCCCGGGAUGGUGUGCCCGACGUGGGCGUCUCAGAAACCGUCCAGUCUGUACUAUCCGUCAUGAUCUUCCGUCCGAUCAUGACUGUGCUCCUGGCAUAUCGGCCUGAGGAGGCACCCUCCUCUAUCCGGUGGGGAUGGCUCUUUUUCGAGACGGGGGUUUACGCCGUGGUGCUGGACUUUUGGUACUAUCUCUUCCAUCGAUCGAUGCACGAGACCGACAGCCUCUGGCAGUUCCAUCGCACGCACCACCUCACCAAACACCCCAACCCGCUGCUGACAGCGUAUGCCGACCGGGUGCAGGAGUUCUUCGAUAUCGUCGGGGUUCCCAUGAUGACCUACGGCACCAUGAAACUCAUGGGCUUCCCUCUGGGAUUCUAUGAAUGGUGGGUGUGUCAGGAAUAUAUCGUCUUCACUGAGAUCCUCGGCCAUAGUGGGCUGCGCAUCGCCGUCACUGCCAUAAAUCCAUGGACCUGGUUUCUCAGAUUGUUUGGGAUGGAGUUAAUGCUGGAGGACCACGAUCUACACCAUCGCCGGGGUUGGAAGUCGAGUUAUAACUAUGGGAAACAGACUCGCGUCUGGGAUCGCCUGUUUGGAACUUGCCUGUCUCGCAUUGAGACAACUGGGGAGAAUAUUGACUACGUCAACACUGCGGAUCUGCCGCUUUGGUGA